UUGUUUCUGACAAUCACAAUACACGCAUAGCCUAACAACUCUCGACCUCAUACGCGCGCGCUCUCCCUCCCUCCUCCCUCCGCCCUCCGCCCUCUUCCCAUGGCUGCCUCUGGUUCCAAGCCCCAUCCUCCCUCUAGUUCCAAACCUCCCAAAAACCCCAUAACCCUCAAACCCACAACUGAAACCCAAACUCCAAACCCUAACCCUUCCACCUCCAAAAUCCCUCCUAUCCCACCCUCCCAAGAAGAAAUCGCUCUCUCAGGCGCCUCCCAGCUCACGCGCCCGGAGGUCCUCCGGCGCCGUUCCUACUUCUUAAGGCAGCUCAGAAAAUUCUACAAAUCCAAAUACUGGGCCUUCAUGGAGGAGGUCAAGAAGAAGCACAGGGAGUUCUACUGGAACUUCGGUGUGAGCCCUUUCAAAGAUGAGCACAAGAGCGAUAGAGACGCUGCUGGGAAUGCUGAAGGCACUGAUGAGAACAAUAACAACAUCAACAGCAAUUUCAACAACAAUAAUGGUGGUGCUGCGAUUGCUCGGACCGACGUCGAUGCGAAAAAGAAACUGCAAUGCUCUUAUCAUCAGUGUAAGACGAAGGCCAUGCCGUUGACGAGCUUUUGUCACCUCCAUAUUCUAUCGGAUUCGAAGCAGAAGCUCUAUAAGCCUUGUGGGUAUGUUAUCAAGAGUGCUCAGGCAGGACCUCUAACCUGUGGGAAGCCAAUACUGAGAUCCACUGUUCCUUCUCUUUGUACUCAUCACUUCCAAGUGGCUCAGAAGGCUAUCAAAAAGGCCUUGAAGAAGGCAGGCCUUAAUGUGCCGUCAACAAAUAAGCUUGCUCCAAAGUUCCAUGUCAUAGUAGCAGAAUAUGUACGCCAAAUUCAGGCCAAACGAAGAGCUGCACAAAGGGCAAAGGGAAAGAAAGUCGCAAUUAAGGAAGAAACCUCUGACUGAACCUCUCCACUGGCAGCUGCACAGAUGAUUCAUCGAGUAUUGUUGGUUGUGUGAAAUGAUGGAAAACCAGAGGUGUGUUGGUCUCUCACUCUCUCUUCUAAAUAGUAUAAGCAAAUAUGAAAAAGAAUUGAGGGGAGAGUGGACUUGAAUUUUAAAAGCAUCAGGUUAAGGUGAAAAGAGGUAUAAUAUAGUUUUGGGCUGUCCCGUGGAGUGUAUGAGUCAGUUCUUUUAUAUAGAAUUUUAAUCAAUUUCUUAGGGUUUGUUUCUUUUCCUCUUUUUUUAACUUUGACCGAGGACAUGCUAUAGAUCAAUUAUUUUACAGCAUUUCCAGUAUGGUUGUUUCCAGUUUAGAAAUUUGUUUGUUUAUGUGAAACUUAAAUUUUUUGGGUUAAUUAAUUUCGUGGAGCAAAGCUAAUACUACUCAUCUCAUAUUUACAGUUGUAAAUAAAGUACUUUUAUCUGACUACCUUUUAGCUUUACAAGAAAACAACUAUGGCUUUAAAGAAUGUAACCAACCCAUGUAAUGUUGAUUGCUACCAUAUGUAAUAUUUGGAGGCAGUUGAUUUUCAUGAGGAUGGUGAAAUUAUUUACCAAAUGAAAACAGAGAAAAAUAUCAAGAGGAUGGUAGGUGGUCAUAAACAAAUUAGAAGGGAUGUGGGGAUGUAUGUGUAUGUAGAGGAUUUGGUUCAGCAGAUGUUUUACCUCUGUAAUAAUACCAAUUUGUGUUACAGUCCCGAAAAUAUUUAUAUCAGUCAUGAAGCUCCACAGUCUUGGUCCAAAAUUUAUUUUACUAACUGUGAAAAAAAAAACUGAUAUUAGGAUGGACUUGUACUUUUCUUCUCAUACAACUCUUAAACCUCAGAUUUCCUCUUUUUCAUGUACAAUCCUUUCUGUGAUUC